CGAAGUGGGGGUUGUAAAGGCAUUAGCAUUUCCAAAACAUUCCAAAGAAAGACGAGUCCAGUUAAACCUCCUUAGAAAAAGGGGCAACUUUGCCCACAACACCGAUGUGGUGAGACAAGGACAUGGGGGGAUGAUUGCCUGCUACCGUCCAAAAAAUAGACAAAGAGCCAAUUAAUUUAUUCACUGCAUUUACUGCCAAGGGCUUUAUAACAAGCGUAGCCUUUGGAAACAUAUCAAAAACUGUCCCCUGAAACCAAAAAAUGAGGAUGCCCAGGGCAGGAAAAGAGUUUGAUCCCUGUGUGCUCUAAACACACCAGUCGGCUUAGAAGUGAGCAAAGGAUUCAAGAAAGUACUCUCCUUUAUGAACUAUGAUGAAGUUUCGUGUGUAGUUCAUACUGACAGAUGCAUCAUGCAGCUGGGGGAGCACAUGUUCAACAGGAUGGGGUCUGAUGUGACCAAACAUGACUACAUCAGACAGAAGAUGAGAGAAGUAGGCAGACUUCUUCUUGAAGCAAGGAAGAUUACCCCACUGAGAACAAUGGUAGACUUCAUCAUACCAACUAACUUCAAACAUGUCAUAGCAGCUGUUAAAGUUGUAUCUGGCUAUGAUGAAAAGAAAAACUCCUACCGCAUUCCUUCUUUAGCUCUCAAACUUGGGCAUUCUUUAAACAAGAUAUCUAGCAUUGUUGAGAGCAAUGCCAUGAUGUAUGGAGAUCAUGAGCAUGCUGAGUGUGCCCGAGACUUCAGGAAAAUACACCAGGCAAGGUGGAAUGAGUACAUUUAUGCUGGUGCUAUAACUAAAUUGAAAGAAGCCAAGUGGAACACACCACAGAGCAUUCCUUUUACUCAGGAUGUCAAAGUCCUGCACACACAUCUUGAAAAGAAACACAAUGAGCUCCUAAGUAAGCUCAGAUCUUGCCCUUCUGCUGACAGCUACGCUGCUCUAGCCAAGGUCACGCUGUCCCAGGUCAUCCUGUUCAACCGAAGGAGAGAAGGUGAGGUAUCCCGGAUGCUUUUGUCAGCUUUUAAAAGCAGGGAUUCUUCUGAGCUACACGAAGACAUUGCCAUCUGUCUGUCUGAGUUUGAGAGGAAGCUGUGUCUGCACUUCUCAAGAGUUGAGAUCCGUGGUAAACGAGGGAGAAAGGUUCCUGUGCUCCUCAAGCCUUCCAUGGUUUCUGCCAUGGAGCUGCUUGUUGAAACGCGUGAGCUUUGUGGUGUUCCAGCAGAGAAUCCCUUUAUGUUUGCUAGAUGUGGACCAAUGUCUGCCUACAGAGGAGGAGAGUGCAUCAACAAAGCUGCUUGCGAAUGUGGCAUAAAGAACCCUGAAGCACUGUCAUCAACUAGGCUCAGGAAACACAUAGCAACCAUGUCUAAAAGUCUAAAAACCUGUUCAAUCUGAUCAAGCUGUUUCACAGGAGGAUCAAGGUUCUUCAAAUGCUCCAAAAAAGAAAUGGGAGGACAGUGAGGUAAAAGCAGUAGAGAGACACAUGAUGAGUUUCAUCAAGACAUGCAAAGUUCCUGGUAAGCAAGACUGUGAAAGAUGCAUUCACGCAGAGCCAGAAGCUUUGAAGCAGCGAACAUGGACUG